GAAGCCUGCCCUGUGACUCUAUGCAUAAGACGAAACGCAACCUUAACCGAAGGUGGUAAAAUUAACCCUUGUGUAUACCAGACAGCGGCUUUUAGGUUAGGUAUAACCUAAGUUUUAACUUCUUUUAAUCUUACAUUACAAUGAAUUUUUGACAUUAUUAGAAAAAAGACAUUUUUACAAAUAAAAAAUGGCAGUGUCCUUUUGCGGAAGGAUUGUUUCAACGCAGUGGAAUUUUUUGAAAAUUCCGAAACGGCAUGGAUACAUAGUCCUACUUCCAGAGAUAGGUGAAGAAUCGUCAGAGAAAAAUCCAUUAUUGAAGGAUGAUAAUUUACCAGAAUUUAAUACAAUUACAAUUGAAAAAUGCAUAGCAGCAAUUGGAAAACAAACUGUCGAGUUUGAAGAAAAGAUGAAAAGCCUGGAAAAUGUUCAAACAAAAAAAGACUUAAAUGUAUUUAGGGAUUGGUUACAUCCAAUCGAAGAUACAUAUCUUCCUUUAGAGACUACCUGGGGUAUAGCAAAAACUUUGUAUUUUGGCAAUCAGAGUCUGAUGCCAACAAAAUGCUACCUGGGUAUUCAUGAGCGUGCAACAAGAGCUGUGGCUUCCAAAUAUGGCAGUGCACCACUCUUUAAAGCAUGCAAAGAAGCUCUCGAUAAUAAAAAUAUCAAACUGACACACUCACAGAAGAGAGUAUUGACCAAAUAUGUAUUGGAGGGAAAGUUGAAUGGUCUACAAUUGCAAGAUAAAGAGUUUGAGAAGUACAGAGAUGACUUGAGCUAUAUUCUAGCGAAAACUAAAGAAUAUAAAGCCAAAUAUGAGAGUUCUACAGAUGCUUACAGUAUGAUAAUACAAAACAAAGACAUUGUAAUAGACUUUCCGGAGGAUUUUGUUAGAUCUAUCGCGGCCGAUCCCACGCGACCUUUCUUAGGGCCUUGGAAAAUCACUUUAAAGCCAUAUAUCCUGAAACCGUUUAUGGAACAUUGUCCUGAUCGCGAAUUAAGGGCAUCAGUCUGGGAGUCCGAUGUCACUCGGUGCUCUAUUUAUCAGGAAAGAUCUGUACAAGCAAGUGUGACAUUGGAGGAACUUCGAGCUAGGAGAAUCGAGCAGGCGCAACGCUUAGGGUAUAAACACUUUGCAGAAAUGAGUAUGGAGACAAAGAUGGCUGGAAAUUUGGAAAAUUUGUACUACACAUUGGAAACUCUUCGAAAUACUGCAUUGCCUGUCCAGGAGCAAGAAAUUGCAAGUUUGACAAAAUUUGCAAAUGAAAGAGGCUUUAAUGAUAAUCUAAGAGUGUGGGAUGUUGCAUACUGGAGUAGAAAACAAUGUCGCAGCAUGUACAAUUGCAAUGAGUACGAAUGGAGAUCGUACUUCCCGUUGCCGACUGUUCUAUCAGGUCUCUUCGAGCAUAUUGAAACGCUGUUUAACGUGAAAAUUGUGGAAAGUAAGAGAGCAGACAUUUGGCACAAGGAUGUUCGAUUCUUUGAUGUAUUUGACUUGAACGGAUCCAGCGCGGCGCCCAUCGCGAACUUUUAUCUAGAUCCUUAUGCAAGAGGCACGGAAAAAUAUCGCAAGGAGCAGGAGUCGGGAUGGAUGUCGACGAUAAAAAGCAAGAGCAAAAUCGGUGAUAGCACUCCAUUGGUCGCUUUGAUCUUCAAUUUUCCACCGCCAAUAGGCGACAAACCUUCUCUGCUUUCCUUCAAGGACGUGCAGGUUCUCUUCCAAAAGUUUGGACAUGCCUUGCAACAUCUCCUAACCACAGUCGAGUAUUCGGAUAUCGCUGGACUAUCAUUUGUGGAAUGGGACGCAGUGUUCAUUUGUGACUUUUUUAUGGAAAACUGGUUAUACGAACCAUUCAUGUUACAAAAGAUCUCUGGACAUUACGAAACAAAACAGCCAUUGCCCGUUGAAGUCAUCGAAGGAUUUAGAAAGAUGAGAUCACACUUUGCUGGUUACAAACUAUGUAAGGAACUUUAUCUAUCGCAUUUGGAUUUAGAGUUGCAUUCCAGUGAUAAAUUUUGGGUGCCAAUGAUGAAAUCUCUGUGGCCAAAGUAUUUUAUGUUACCUCUCGAAAAACGGGACGUUCAUGUUUGUUCUUUCGAAGCUAUAUGGAGUGGAAACUGGGCAGCUGCAUAUUUCAGCAAAGUUUGGUCUGAAAUGAUAGCUGCCGAUUUGUAUACGGCGUUUCAAGAAAUUGAAUUCGACGACAAGUUGCGGCAGAAGGAGAUGGGCGCGAGGUUCCGCGACACAUUUUUAUCCUUGGGUGGCAGUUAUCCUGCUGCCGAGAUAUUCAGGAAAUUCAGAGGUAGAGAUCCGAGCCCGCAAGCGUUGCUGGACAAUCUCGGAUUAACUUCACAAAUAAUUAAAGAAACCAAGUGAUACAAUUAGAUAGAUCGGUAAUUUUUAGCAGAAGGAAGUAAAGAAGUGUAAGAAUUUUGUAUAGUUACUUCGGAAAUAGGAUUAAUUGAUGUAAAGUUGCCGAAUUAUGCAAUAAAUUAUUAUCUAUAAGAUAUA